AUCUUCAGUCAUUCUUUCAUUCACUUUACUUCCAAAUUGGAAUGGCUUCCACUGUGUUCUCAUAUCCUUCUCUUCACCUUAACAUCUAUCCACAGAAAACAUCAUCAAAUCGAUCAGAGUUUUCCAUUCACAUCCAACCCAAAAAGCACUUUUCCAUUAGAUGCACAUCUUUGGACUCAACUCCUGAGGCUGACUUUCCAACUCCAGACCCUUCCUCAAGCACAGUGAACAGUGCAGAGUCCUUUCCCAUUGAGAAGAGAAGGAGGUCAGAGAUAGUGAGGAAGAGAAGGGGAGAGAAACUUGUGCAGCCAGAGCCACCAAACUUUGAAAUAGGUUGGAAGAGGACCAAGGAGAUUAACCUAGAGAGGCCAAUAGGGCAUGUCAUAGCUGAUUUUUUGGAGAAGUUGGAGACCCUCAUGGGGAAGGAGUUUGGAUCCACAGAACUGCUGGCUAAGGUUGGGGAGAUUGUGGCUGAGAGGGCAAGAGAGGAGGCUGAGAUUCUCAUGGAUGAAGGAAAAGUUGAAGAGAGAAUGGUAACUGAGCUCUUUAGAGUGUUGAAGCUGAUGGAGAUGGAUUUGGCUAUGGUUAAGGCUGCUGUGAAGGAGGAGACUUUGGGUGAGAGGCUUGAGCUGGCCAAGGCAAGGUGCAGGCAAGCCAUACUUGUUGCUUAUUCCUUUUGAGAACUCUUUCAUGGGAAUGAAUGUGACAUCGGAUAUACAAUGUAGGGUGUGUUUGGAUACGCAUUGGAACCACGUUAAAUGGAAAAAUCACACUUUUCAAAAAGCAAAAAUGUCAAAGUAACUAUGUUGUAGCUUUCAUAUGAAAGUUCAUUAGCGUUGGAUUCAACUGUUUUCUAAACACACACGUAAUAGUGGUAAAGAAUUUGAUGGUACUAAUAAAUUUGAAGUGUGCCCCCAUUGAUUUCUUUUCUUUUAA